AUCUCUGGUGUGGCCUCGCAUCAGAGCACUCUUUCAAGAAGGAUUCUCGGAAUUUCUGGGAAGCAUGAUUCUUACCCUGAUAUAUCAUGGAACCCUCGCUCAAACCACCCUUGGAGUCAGUGUUCAGUCAGCACCUGGAGGAACAAGCUACGGAUCGUAUCAAUCUCUACCAUGGGGCGUUGNGCNACCGGAGUUAUGCUUGGUAUCUACGUCGCAGGUGACUCAGGAUCUUACCUCAAUCCAGCCUUGACCGUGUCCAACGCCAUCUGGCGUGGACUUCCNUUUCGAUCAGUCCCUAUCCUUAUCAUUUCUCAGUUCCUCGGCUGCUUCGUUGGAGCAGGCUUGGUCUAUGCGAACUAUGUUUCUGCCAUCGAUUGGUAUGCUGGUGACGGGGUGAGGACGGUCCCGCCAACCGCAAUGGCAACUGCGCCAAUNUUUGCAACAUACCCUUCUUCAUUUGCACCCAAAGCUUCACAAGCCUUUUCCAUCAUCAUACCCUGCGCAGUCAUUAACAUUGUUACAUCGGCUCUGAAGGAUGACUACAACAAUGGCGUUUCGAAAGCUGGUGGAAACUUCUUUCCUCUGGCCAUGUUCUUUUUAUUCUACAGUAUUGCAAUCGCUUUUGGCUGGGAAACANNGGGUGCAGUCAAUCCAGCUCUCGACUUCAGUGGUCGUUUGAUGUCCAAUGCGGUUGGGUAUCCUAACACAGUCUGGUCUUCCGGCGGAUACUAUUUCUGGGUAAGCGAUAAUCCUCAGAGCAAUUCGAUAACACAGCUGACAUGA